CUGGCCCAAUGGAGAUCAGGACACUGUGCCUAGUCUUCAUCUUCCUCCUCCUCAUCCUCAGGCUCAUCAGGAGCUACAGGAUCACGUCCUCACCCACAAAGCCAUCGUCGGCGCGUCGCCUCCCGCCGGGGCCAUGGCAGCUGCCGCUCAUCGGCAGCCUGCACCACCUCCUCCUCUCGCGCUUCCGCGACCUGCCACACCGGGCGCUCCGCGAGAUGUCCGCGGCGUACGGGCCGCUCAUGCUUCUCCGCUUCGGUUCCGUUCCCACGCUGGUGGUAUCCUCCGCCGAGGCCGCCAGCGAGGUCAUGAGGACCCACGACCUCGCCUUCUGCAGCCGCCACCUGAGCGCCACCCUCGACAUCAUCAGCUGCGGCGGCAAGGACAUCCUGUUCUCCCCCUACGACGGCCGCUGGCGCGAGCUCCGCAAGGUGUGCGUGCUCGAGCUCUUCAGCCAGCGACGCGUGCUCUCCUUCCGGCCCGUCCGGGAGGAGGAGGUGGCGCGCCUCGUCCGCUUCAUCUCCGGCGAGUGCGGCGGCGGCCAGCCCGUCAACCUCAGCGACGAGAUCUCCCGCGUGGUAAAUGACAUCGUCGUGCGCACGGUCAUCGGCGACCGGUGCAAGUACCGGGACGAAUACUUGCGCGAGCUCGAGGAAGCGGUGCGGCUGGCCGGUGGGUUGAACCUGGCUGACCUGUACCCGUCGUCGCGGCUGGUGCGCCAGUUCAGCGCCGCGGCAAGAGACAUGGCAAGGUGCCAGAGGAACAUGUACCGUGUCAUCGAGAGUAUCAUCCAGGAGCGCAAGGGCACGCCGAUGGCAGAGCGAGAGGAGGACCUUCUCGGCGUCCUCUUGAGGCUGCAGAGGAAUGGUGGGCUGCAGAUUGCUCUCACCAACGAGCUAGUCAGCACUGUCAUUUUCGACAUUUUUUCUGCCGGGAGCGACACAUCAUCGAAUGUACUAGAAUGGGCCAUGUCCGAGCUUGUUAAGAAUCCACAAGUCUUGCAGAAGGCCCAGUCAGAGGUGAGGGAGACCUUCAGAGGACAGGACAAGUUAACUGAAGAUGGCAUGAUCAAGUUAAGGUACCUACAUCCGGUGAUCAAGGAGACUUUAAGGCUGCACCCUCCGGUACCACUCCUGCUCCCCCGAGAGUGUCGCAAGACAUGCCAGGUCAUGGGCUACGAUGUGCCAAAGGGAACCAAGGUGUUCGUGAACGUUUGGGGAAUAGCAAGGGACAACAAGUUCUGGGGCGAUGGCGAAGAAUUCAGGCCAGAAAGAUUUGAUAGUGGCAACGUUGAUUUCAAGGGCACCGACUUUGAGUACACCCCGUUUGGUGCAGGCAGGAGAAUAUGCCCUGGCAUGAUGCUCGGAUUAGCCAACAUAGAGCUGGUGCUCGCUAGUCUUCUUUAUCACUUCGACUGGGAGCUGCCUGGUGGCGCCAAGUCUGAAGAACUUGACAUGAACGAGACCUUUGGUAUAACAGUAAGCAGGAAGCCAAAGCUCUGGCUGAAGGCCAAACCGUACAUCAAUUCGGUGUCUACAAACUCAAAAAACAAUCAAGAAUCGACAGUAACGGGAUAAUCUCACUACACAGAAUUUUCUUUGGCGUUGAGACUGAACGUAAAAAAUCAGUAUCGGAGAUCUGCAAUAAAGAAAGAGUAUGCAGCUAGUCAUUGACCUGCUAUCAACGCUCCUACUGGAUGGAGAUGGAGUAGAAUUCUCUAUAGGAUUAUACGAGUGCUUUCAACAUUUGUUUCGUCACAGCUGUCUGUUGUCUGUCUCUA